AUGGGCGUUACAAGUAUGUGGGAAUAUGUGCAAAAAUUUGUACAACCUGUAAACAUAUCUGCAUUGCGGAACAAACGGAUUGCCAUAGAUGGUCACACUUGGCUAUGUGAGGUAUUACGUGGCUCAGUAGCACACUGUUCAACAGCUCGAAAGCCAUAUUUAAGUACAUUUUACACACGAUGUCGAAGUUUGUUGGAAGAAGGUGUUGAACCUAUUGUUGUUUUCGAUGGAAUUGAUGAGGAAGAGCGGGCAAAUGUAGAUUACGGGGUUACUUCGAUGAGAAAAGUUAGGAAGCGUGGAAGCAAGUAUUGGACAUCAGAACUAAAGCAAGAAAUGGUACCAAAAGUUGAAGAAAUCAAGAUGUUGUUAAAUUCGAUGGGGGUUCGCUGGAUGGAAAGUAAGUUGGAAGGUGAAGCGCAGUGCGCACAGCUUGAGCAACGAGGCUUAGUGCAUGGUUGCAUCGCACGAGAUUUCGAUUAUAUUCUUUUUGGAGGGAAUAAUCUCUAUCAGGUCGAAUUUGGUUUUAGUGGCAAGAUACAGAACAACAUCCUUCAUCUUUCCAUGGAUUACCUGGAUGAAACCUUGUGCUUGAGCAGAUCUUGCCUUAUCGCAAUGACAAUCAUGAUUGGUUGUGAUUAUGCUCAAAAAGGAAUUCCUGGUGUUGGUUUAGUUACAGCGUUAGAAAUUGUUUCCGAAUUUUAUCUCAUGAAACACGAUCAUCCGCAAGUCAUUUUGGAUAGAUUUAAGUCUUAUACGACGGAAAUGCUUCCAGUACGCGAUUAUGACAGCAAUGUUAAACGGAAAUUGCGACUUAGUGUUAAUAGAAAUUCCAUAGAUUUACGAAAUUUCAAUCCGAACUCAGAUGCUAUGUCUAACGCAAUCAACAUUUAUAUGAUGCCGGUUGUUAUUGAGUAUUCUCGUACACAGCUACCCAAAAGAUUGCCACCCAAUAUACAAAAAACUGAAGAAAUAUUGAUGCGUGAAUGUAACUGGAAGCCAAAUGGUGUUCACUGCACACAGAAGCUGCAAACAGAUGCGGAGAGAGUCGAAAAGUGUACAACACUUACGAAAGGAGGACGUACUGCUUGCUCAAAACGUGAACGAGUUGCUAUGGAACGUCUGCGUGUGAACGCUUUGCUUUAUAAACACAGUCCUGUGAUAGAAGUGAUCUCAGUACCAUCAACUUCAGAAGACGUGAAUCAGCUGAAUGGUGAAAGUAGUGGUGUAAUUGUCUCAGCACAACGAGAUGCAGUUCAACGAAGUGGACGAAAAAAAGGAAAUCAUGAAAUGGCUGAUGUGCAACAACCACCACCUAGCAAAAUUCCUCGAAAAGAUGGUUUUGUUACAAAAGUGAAUGCUUCUAAUAUAAAUCAGGUACAGGUACAACAGAUAUCGGGACAAAAUGAACCGAUCAUCACUGAAAAUUCAGCUGCCAGUGAGCUUCUCGUCGUCGAAGAUGUCGGUCGCACCAAUGCAUUGCAGGUCUUCACAGUAUAAUUGCCUCGUUUUUAAAAUAAUUCAGUCGAGGGCAUAAUUUUUCGAUUAUACGAAGAUGAAAAAUUGAAUUACUGUGGUUCCUACGGACUAUUGAAAAAUACGGCAUCAAUAUUAGAACUGUUGUGGUUCCUUCCUUUUUUACCCUGUUGCUUUUAUCAAAUUGAAAGGAAUGGUCUUUCACUCUUUUUUUGCCUUUGCUUCUCUCCGUGAUGGUAUUUGACUAUGUUACGUAGUCCCACUCCGGCUGUCCCUUUCUCUUUGAAUCUGCAUCAGUACUAAGCUUCAGAGUACAGUAUCUGUUAACCGGUGAUUUCAAAUUUUUUAUCUGUGUAUUUUUGGUAUUACUCUUAUUUUUUCAUGUUUGAUUUUAUUAUAUGAU